CCGUGGCCUUAAUCCUUCCGGUCCACGAUGAUGCGUACGCCCCCCGGCCCCUCAAUGAAGUGGUAGUCGAGGGGCCUCAGACGUGCUAGCGAUGAUGCGUAUCCCCCCAGCGCAGCCACUAUCUUGCUGCUGAGGUCCUGGGAAAAGCUCCACCCCUUCUUGCCCCUCUGGCGUGGCGUCGCUGUGCCCUGCACGUAGUAGUCGCCACCACCCGCAUCCUGGAAGGGGCCAAUGGUCACGGUGAUGAGGUCGGUGCCGCCGAGGGCGAAGGUGGUCUUGACGCCCUCUGGCAGACGUGAAAAUAUCGUCCGGGGGUCGGUCCUCAUGAGCAUGAAGUCGCGCUUGCACGACUCGACAGCCGGGCCCGAUGACGCACCACCACCACCAUCACCACCAUUGGCAGCAGCAGCAGCUGGGGAGCAACCACGAGACACAUCUGUCAUGAUCUGCGGUGGCCCUUGCUGAGGCACCCGCUUGGCCCGGUCGGUCUCGAUGGCCAGGGUGGUGGAGGGUUGGUGUGAGUGGUCGACGACAGUCUCCCAGCUGGGCAGCAACUGGAACUGGUGGGCCUUGCCCUUCGAACCCCAGAUGUCACGCACAAUCUGAUGGACGUAAACACACAUCCACAGAGACAGACAUUCAGACAGACAUUCACAUUGGCGUGGGGGAUGGGGCACGUGUGUGUAUGUAUGUGUGUGCCUACCUUUCGCGGUCUUCACAGGCGGCCUUGAAGGCGGGUCUGACUGACUGGAACUGCUCGAAGUUGUGAGUGGGUCCCCAGAUCCUCCCCUUGCUUUGAUGGUUGAACUCGAUGCGGACGCCCUUGUUCUUCACCAUCUGCAGGCCCAGGGGUGCCGGCCUGCCGUUGGGCUUCUUGGGCAGAUACUCCUUCAAACACUCGGUGACCUACACACACAUACAGACGGGAUCCGAUUGUUGUGUGUGUGGGCAGGCGGCCUCUCUCACUCUCACUCUCCCUCACCCUCUCCCUCACUCACUUGUUUGCCCUCCUCCUUGGACGACAUCUGGGUGGCUGGGUUGAGGGCCUGGUGUUCCUCCGCAGCACCACUACGACUACCGGCACGACCCCUCGGCUCAUGCCCCGCCGCAGCCAAGUCGUGCUCGGGCGUGUACUCUUCCUGAGCCUCUAUCUCUCUCGCCGACGGCCGGCCGCGGCCCCGACCUGUCCUCUGCCGCUUGCCACCGCGGUUGAGUAGCAGGUCGUGGCCGGCAGGAGGGGUCUGAUCGCCCUGCUGCCCCUGUGGGUGUGGGGGUGGGGGUGCGGGGAUGGGGUUGGGGUUGGGGAUGACGACGGCCGCAGACAGGCUAGUAGUCGACGAGGCCGCUGAUGCAUGAGAGACCGAAUGAGCCGGCGGAGUAAGGACAGAUGAACGGCCGCCCUGACACGCUUCUGUUGAUGGAGUGGCCGCCUCGCCCGCCUGCAUAGCUGGAUCCCGAGAGCCCUCCUCAGCAGCCGACAGCGGUGCACCGGCGGAAUGAAUAUGCUCACUCGCCAUCGUCGCUUCCGCUGCUGCCGUCACGUUGGCUUGCUCAUGGGCUCUCCCUGGCGGCUGUCAAAUUGCGUAGGUGAUGUGGGAUGACGCAGAUGUGGCGUCAGACGGUGACCAUGACGUAGCACCGGACGGCAAAACCGCCAGAUCUCGGGUCAAUGAAGCGAUUCUGAUGACAUGAAUCUGUCCAGCCAGAAUGUCAUGUGCGAGGGCCACCACCCAAAGUCGCUCACCCUGGUGUGGGGAACAUAACCC